AAGCAAAACACUAGGUAAUACUUUACCCAUGUUCACUCUGUUCGAAAUCGAACAAAAUGUGCCAUAGAUAAUGCAUGUUAAAACAGAGUCCGUAGUCAUUAGUCAGCCCAUACAUCGUGGGUGGGUCGAAUAAGGUAGGGCACGGUGAUGCCUUGCCAUACGAUUUCAUACGAUAUAGUAUACUAUAGUUAGUUAAUAUAGAUUAUUUAUAUGAAAAGUGCAGUACCUUUUGAUGAUUAUAGAAGUGAAGUGAAAUAAAACAUAAAUGUGUAAACAAUACGAAAAAAAUCAUCGUAUUAACAGAAAACAAAAUUUAAAAAAAUCAAACACCUGCCCUUGUGUAUUAUCAUUAGUUUUUGUUUUAUAUAAUAACUAAAUGUUUACUUAGAACAUCUUCACGCUCUUAAAAAAAUUAAAGACAAUGUCUCGAAGAAGAUUGUUAGUAGGCAGUGCGGGAGUCGCCGGCGCGCUGGUAGCGGGCUGGGCGCUCUCAGCUGACGACAAACCUCACUGGUACAACCCCACGACAGUUUCUGCGAAAACAGAACGCAAGAAGCGACCUCUACCCUCCCGAACGGAACAGGUGAACAACCUCCAAGCUGGUCAUACAUAUGACGUCCUCAUUAUUGGCGGUGGAGCCACCGGCGCGGGAUGUGCGCUCGAUGCUGCAACGAGAGGUCUCCGCACAGCACUAGUCGAAGCAGACGACUUCGCGAGCGGUACUUCUAGCAGAAGUACUAAGCUCAUACACGGCGGAGUGCGCUACUUGCAGAAGGCGAUCCUGCAUCUUGACUACGACCAGUACAAGAUGGUGAAGGAGGCGUUACACGAAAGAGCCAACAUGUUGGAGGUUGCUCCACAUUUGACAAGGCCUCUGCCCAUUUUGUUACCUGUUUAUAAGUGGUGGCAGGUACCAUACUACUGGUUCGGUAUCAAGAUGUACGACUUGGUGGCCGGCGAUAGGAACUUAAAGAGCUCAUAUUAUUUAUCUAAGAAGAAUACCCUAGAACUGUUCCCUAUGUUGAAAUCCGACAAUCUGUGUGGCGGUAUCGUAUAUUACGAUGGACAACAAGACGACGCUCGUAUGAACCUGGCGAUAGCGCUGACGGCAGCGCGCCACGGCGCCACCAUCGCCAACCACGUCAGCGUCAUCAAACUGCACAAAACCGCGGGGAAACUCAGCGGAGCAAGGCUUAGGGAUGAAAUGACAGGCAAGGAAUGGGACGUGAAAGCGAAGUCUAUCAUAAACGCCACAGGACCAUUCACUGACUCCAUCAGGAAGAUGGACGACCAAACUGUCAAGUCUAUCUGCUGUCCCUCCUCUGGUGUCCACAUUGUUCUCCCUGGUUAUUACAGUCCAGAACACAUGGGUCUCCUCGACCCUGCCACGUCAGACGGCCGUGUUAUCUUCUUCUUGCCUUGGCUGAAAGGAACCAUUGCCGGCACCACAGAUCUGCCGUGCCAGGUCACACACAAUCCCAAGCCAACUGAGGACGAGAUCCUCUUCAUCCUCACUGAGGUCAAAAACUACCUAAAUCCAGAUGUUGAGGUUCGGCGCGGCGACGUGCUGUCGGCGUGGUCGGGCAUCCGGCCGCUGGUGUCCGACCCCAACAAGCCGGACACGCAGUCGCUGGCGCGCAACCACGUGGUGCACGUGUCGCCGUCCGGCCUCGUCACCAUCGCGGGCGGCAAGUGGACCACCUACCGCGCCAUGGCGGCCGAGACCGUCGACGCGGCUAUCGAGAGUGCAAAUCUAAAACCUCUCUUCAGAGAAUGUCAAACAGACGGUUUCUUGAUUGAGGGCGCGCACGGUUGGACUCCGACCAUGUAUAUCAGAUUAGUGCAGGACUUCGGUCUUGAGAUGGAAGUCGCACAACACUUGGCCAAAUCGUAUGGCGACCGAGCGUUUGCGGUGGCUAAGAUGGCUAGUAUGACCGGCAAGAGAUGGCCCAUCAUCGGCAAGAAAAUCCACCCCGAAUUCCCGUAUAUUGACGCCGAGAUUAGGUACGGCGUGCGCGAGUACGCGUGCACGGCGGUGGACAUGGUGGCGCGGCGCCUGCGCCUCGCCUUCCUCAACGUGCAGGCGGCGGCCGAGGCGCUGCCCGCCAUCGUCGACAUCAUGGCCGAGGAGCUCAAGUGGUCGGACGCUGAGAAACAGAAACAAACAAAACAAGCAGCAGAGUUCCUGGCAAAUGAAAUGGGACAGAUGGUGAACCGCGCCAGCCGCGACAAGAUACCGAUCAACCUCAGCAAGGACGAGAUACAAACGUACAUCAAGAGGUUCCAGAUCAUAGACAAGGACAGGAAGGGCUUCGUGUCCAUCAACGACAUUAGGAGGAGUCUUAAGAACUACGGCGAGGAGGUAACCGGGGAACAGUUGCACGAAAUAUUGAAAGAGAUCGACACUAACAUGAACGGGCAGGUCGAACUCGACGAAUAUCUGCAGAUGAUGUCAGCCAUCAAAUCGGGGCACGUGGCGUAUUCCCGCUUUGCGCGCAUGGCAGAAAUGGAGGAGGAACACCAUGAACGUGAGCAGCUCAAGAAACAGAUCAGCGUCGAGAGGAGUGGUGGUGGCUUAUAAAACGAAUACAUCGCAACAAUGUAGACUUAAGCGUAAUUUUAAUAAGUAUUAUUUGUCAAUUUAAAUCAUCUGGUAUUUAAUUUAUUAUCUGCAUUAGCAUACGUCCAUAAUUGUGUUUUAAUUAUACAUUAUUUAUUAAAAAAUCAUUCAUUUGUUGUAUAAUGAAAUUAUUACAUGUAAGUACAAUUAGUAUUCAAUUAAUAUUGGAAGUAUAAAAUUGCACAUACUCAUAAUAAAUAAAUAAACGCUUCACACUCAACGACCCCCAGUAGGAUUUUCUCCAGUGUCCGGAAACACACACAACACAAGCACAAACGCCCAGACCACAGAAACAUCUACAUAGCAAACACAAAUGUCAGUCAUGAGUGGGGAAUGAAAUGCUAUAUCAUUUUAAGCUAGUAUUUAUGGGUAUACAUAUUACUAUGGCUUUCACUAUCAGAAACGAAACCUUAUCGCUUGUUUGACACCUGCGAACUAAACUGAAGCAAUAAAUGUGCUCCUUUACUA